GCAGGGCGGAAUUGCGUCGCCCAGACCUUAGGUACUCCCCAGUGGAAGCAAUGGCACAGGAAGAAAUGGAAGUGGAUCUUCAGCCAGCAGUUGCUUAUCCUGUAGAGUCUCAGGAGGCGUUUCCUUCAGACCCCUCUGAUCGUGCUCUGCUGUCCCACUCUCCAGUGCCCAGGGAAGGGGCAGAAGGCUUUGUGGUUCCUCCUGCUGACGAAGAAGUUAUUGUGAUCUCCGGUGCUGAUGAAACAGCUCCUGUUGCUGGGUCUGACCCCCAGUUGCAUGCUGCCCCUAGCCUAGAUGGGCUGCAAAGGCUGCAUAGGGUGUUGGAGCUGUUUCAACGACAGGCUGCACAAGAGAUCACCCGACAGCCACCAACAAGGAGAACUCGCCGGCGACAAAGAGGUGGUGGGUCCCAGAGGACCAUCAGUGCCAGACCCAGGGUACAACUGGAUAGUUACUUCAGGGUCAGCAGGACCCAAGGGCCAACAGCGGCAGCAGUUCCACCACUGGAGACUUUGCAUCUUCCAGUUGGCAAUAGUGGUCACAGCUCCGAUGAGACCUUGGAGUUGAGCAGCUCGGAUAGUAGCAGCUCCACUGAGGAGGAAGAUGCAGUGGUAGCCCAGGAAGAGGUGCCAAGAGCUGACAGUUUGGAAGAGCAUGAAGGUCAUGCCACUGAAGAAACUGAAGUCCAGCCCCAACAGAAAACUCCAGUAAAGAACCUUGAUACGACAGUUCCCACUGCGCUGUUGGAUGAGGAAGAAGGGGACACCUGUGCCAUCUGCUUUGAGCAGUGGACUAAUGCUGGGGAGCACCGGCUGUCAGCACUGCGCUGUGGACACCUAUUUGGAUACACUUGCAUCGUAAGGUGGCUCAAGGGACAGGCAGGGAAAUGCCCUCAGUGUAAUAAGAAGGCCAAGCGCUCUGAUGUUGUGGUCCUGUAUGCCCGCACUUUGAAGGCACUGGACACCAGUGAACAGGAGCGCAUGAAAAGCUCUUUAGAAAAGGAGCAGAUGUUGCGGAGACGGGCCGAGUUGGAAUCGGCACAGAGUCGUCUCCAGCUGCAGGUCUUGACAGAUGAAUGCAGUAAACUUCGCAAGCAAGUGCAGGAGCUGAAAGCACUCAUGGCCCAGCACAGCGCUAGCACCUCUCAGCAGCCUGGCCGCUCUCGCUCCUGUUUCCCAGGCUGCCUUUCCUCUAGUCAGAGCCAGCACAGAUACCACUUGGAGAAGGCCUUCCUGGUGUCUCAGUCUGGGAGCUGCCGGGUUAUGGCUUACUGUGACUCCCUGAGCUGUCUUGUGGUGUCACAACCCUCUCCGCAGGCCACACUUAUUCCUGGCUGUGGCGUUAAGAUGAUGAGUGCUGCCAACCUGAAGAGCACUCAGUACGUUCCCAUCCACAGUAAGCAGAUCCGGGGCCUGGCCUUCAGUAAUCGGACAGACGGCCUGCUGCUUUCUGCUGCUUUGGACCACACGCUCAAACUUACCAGCUUGACAACAAACACUGUGGUCCAGACCUACAAUGCUGGCCGCCCUGUCUGGAGCUGCUGCUGGUGCCUGGAUGAUACCAACUAUGUCUAUGCGGGGCUAGUGAAUGGCUCUAUCCUGGUGUACGAUCUAAGGGACACGAGCGCUCAUGUCCAGGAGCUAGCCCCUCAGAAGUCCAGGUGUCCGAUGGUGUCGCUCUCCUACCUGCCCCGGAUGGCCUCUGCUGCACUGCCGUAUGGUGGAGUAGUGGCUGGGACCUUAGAAGGAGGCUGUUUUUGGGAACAGAAGGCCAGCAACUCCUACCAGCCUCACCAUCUGCCUCUGGAGCCUGGUGGCUGCAUUGAUAUUCAGACUGAAAUCAGCACUCGGCACUGCCUUGCAACCUACAGGCCUAAUAAGAGCAACAAUUGCCUGCAUUGUGUGGUGAUGGAACUGUCCUGUAGCCAGCUGACGGAUGCAUCUGUCGACGUGGUCUGCUCCUGCCACCCAGUCCAGACAUUCAGUGCUGGGCCCACCUGCAAACUGCUGACCAAAAAUGCCAUCUUCCAGAGUCCCGAGGAGGAUGGCAGCGUCUUGGUGUGCGCUGGUGACGAGGCCUCGAACUCUGCCAUGGUAUGGGAUGCUGGAAGUGGCUCCUUACUGCAGAAGCUACAAGCUGACCUCCCUGUGCUGGACAUCUGCCCCUUCACGGUGAACCGCAGCCACUUCCUGGCCACUCUCACGGAGAAGAUGGUGAAGCUCUACAAGUGGGAGUGAGAGGCUCUGUAAAGCCUUCCCGGGAGGAGCAUCCCAAACGUGCUGCUAGCGAUCAGCUGUGCGGCACGCUCCCUGCUGCCCACCGUGAGCACCCCGCCCAGGAGUGGCCUUCUUGCACGUGCUGCGCCCAGGGGACCGCAGCUGCCAUGCGGGUGCAUUCAGGCACACAAGGACAUGUGGUGCUGCUGCACAAGGUGUUUCUUCCCCCCCAUCCUCAUUUUUAAUCUGUCCUUAUUCCUUCGCGUGUUUCUCUGUUUCCAGCUGAACUGGCAGCCUGCCUCGAUGCAGUGCACCUCUUGGCCUGUCUCUGGCCUCACAGGGUUAUCGCUGACCCCUCCCAGUGCUAGCGCAGGGCUGGGACUUGCAGACGCCUCCAGAGAGCUACCCGAGGAAAGGAGCCUCUGAGACUCCCCUGUACUUAGCAGUCCUCCUGCCCUUGCUGCAACGAAAGCAGCUUGAAGUCAAUGGCCAUUUCCCCAGGGAUGGUGUGAAAGUGUCCUGUACAAGACAUAGCUGUCUGUAUGCUUUUGUUGAGGCUUCUGGGCAAAGCAAGCUGGGUGGAGCUUUUCUAUCAAUCACGUAAACCCAUCCCUGUGCCAUUAGUCCUUGCCAUGAAGAAGAUAGUUGUGGGAACGGAGUGAAAACACUUCUCUUCUGCAUUUUCAUGUGUGUAGGCUAUCAACCUGGCCGCGCCUCUAGGCUCAUCCAAGUGCAGCGAGGCAUCGUAGACCUGUCUCAUCUGGAGAAAGUUGGCAAGGGGGAGGAGACUUCUGUGCCUUUUGAGGGUAGUUGCAAUCAUGUUAACCUGCCUAAUGCUCAUGUGGCUGAAUAUCGUUUGAAUCAAAUAGCAAGGCAGAGAAAAUGUACCAAAUUUAACAGCAGCGAUCAGGGAUUGCCCAAGGGUCACCGAAUGAUCCCAGGUAGCCUCGUCUGUGGCACAAUUCUGCACAUCCUAGAUGUGGCUCUGAACCAGAAUUUCCCGUGAAGCAUUGGCAGGGCCGAGGGUGAGCCCAGUGCCAGGUAUGCAGACUGAUUCUCAGCCCAGGUGUGUUCCUGUGGGCAAGGACACUUCAUUUUGGGAAGAGGGAGAUUUGUAUUUGCCAAGGGCAAACUCUCAAGAAUGUUACACAAGUUGUAAGACCAUUUUCCCCGCAUAGGGCACCUGUUCCCAUGCGCUGCUCCUUGCCUGGCAUCUUCCGUGUUACCACAUCCAGUGUGACUCUAUUUAAAUCCACAAAACAACUUUUCUAAACCUUGCCGGGAUAUGAAUUUCCUUUGUGUAUCCACUUUAGAAGUAGGAUUAUGUAAAAUAUACACAGCUCCAUGUGAUUGUCUCUCUUUCAGUGUGAGAUUUUGUCCCUCUAUUUUUAAGUGAUGUGAAGAAUAAAGCAUUUAUCGUUCUGGAACCUUG